AUGCCAGGAGUACAUCCCGCAUUGGCUGAUCCCGGACCUGCGUGCCACUCUGGAAUACGCACAGAAGAACAAGGUCGACAUCGCGCCCGACCCAGCCACGCACAGGGCGCUGCUGGCGGUGUUGGCCACGCAGCAGUGGAACGACACGGAAGAGACGCGCGACACCAUCGAGGAGGUGGCGCUGGCGGCGCAGCGCAAGCCGCCGGUGGACCACGCCGAGAAGGAGGUGACGGCGCCGCGGGCUCUGGUCGUCGCCUGCAGCUCCACGGACGCGCGCGACGGGUUCGCCCUCAAGGCGUUCUCCAGGGGGGGGGGGCCGAUGACUCCCUGUCACUCACCAGCGCCAUUGCCAUGCAGCAGGCGUUGGACUUUGCGUUCCCGACCGACAUCCAGAACGGCAGCGCCGAGGACGUGGUCAAGGUCCUCGUCGAGCUGCUCGGCGAGCUUUACGACCUUGAUAUUGACAGCAUCCGCCCUCGCUAUGGCGACGUCGCACUGCUCCUGAUCGUCAUGGAGAACAAGGACGAGGACGAGGACGGCGCGGCGAAGUCGUUCCUCGAGCUGCUGGUGGACAGUUGCAGCAGUGCAGGUGUGCAAGGUGCCACGCCACCAGGCACACUGGCGUCACAACUGGGCCUCCUGCAGAAGCACUGGGUGGAGAUCCGGCUGCGGGACGUCCUCGCGACGACCGGGAACAUCUUCCUCCGCCGGCCUCCUCCGUCCACGGGGCAGCAACCAGUGCAGGCAGUGCUGGAGGAGCUGUCGAACUCCGCCGGCGCCAAGGAGAGGGCCGAUCUGACGGUCCGGCUCGUGCACGCCAUGCGCGACGUGUACGACUCCCGGUGCGGCCGCCGGCACAGGAGCGCGCCAAACUUGCCGCUGCGCGAGUUCUGCCUCGUCCUCGCGUUCACGGCGUGGCGGGCCGCCACCGUGCUCGACAAGGCAGCCAAGGAUGCGCUCGAAGGCGCCGAGGAGGUCUCCGACGACACGCUCCGUCGGUUCCGCCACGUCGGGGCGCCAGAAUGGUUGCGUCGGUUCUUCCAGGAGAUGUACAGCGGGGCGAAGCCGCCUGGACUGCGCGGACGUGGUGCCCUGCAACGGCAGCAGAUGGAGCUGCACAGCGCGGAUCGCGCGCACCCCCGCCCGGCCUGGCUCCUGGGCGCGCGCUCGAACGCUCCUGAUUCCACGCGCGCUCUCCCCGCGCCGGAGCAGCAGCCCCUCCUCGCCCCCGGCGAAGUCGCUGGCGGCACCGUCGACGCCAUCGUGCCGCUGACGGCCUACUGCCACCAUAAGGAGGGUUCACCCCUGGACCCCGCGGGAACCGCAUCAGUGUGCGUCGUGAACGACCCUGCACUCGUUCUGCCGGCGAUUCUGGACGAGACAUGGGCUCGCGCCGACGUCGAUGCCGAUGGUCACUUCAAGAGGACGAUUGAAUGCCUCGUUCCGCACCCCAAGCACGGCGGGGUGACCGUGCGGGCGACGCUGGACGUGGCUACGUUUGGACAGCCUGUGGGUGGACAGCCUGUGGGUGGACAGCCUGUGGGUGGACGCUGGAGAGCGUCCGUGAGGGACGCGCGCGCGCUGCUGCACGCUUGCGGCGUCAGUCCGGGCGACAGGCUCGCGCUGAAGCUGGAGGGCGCGACGCAGCGUGCGGCGGAUACGAACGCGCCCCGUCCGCAGUUCAAGUGCGUCACCGGCGACGAAGACCUGGCGAAGGCCUUGGGCGCGGCGCAGCGCCGCGGUGUUCUCCUGAAGCUUCCGGUGCCGCCCGGCGGAACCGACGUGUUCGUGAGGCGCGACGAGCUCCGCGACGAUGCGGGCGAAGUCCCCCCACUCAUCAUCGAUGGACGCACGUCGACUGAGAGUGAUGGCUCGCAGCGCGUUCGCUGGUCGUUACGCGAUUCGGCGGCGACGGUCCGGCUGGCAUUCAAGGCGGCGACGCCCGAGGGGCUGGCCCGGCCUCAUGCAGUUUGGGCUCGCUGCACCUGUCCCGUGUGCUGCCCGUACCAGGACGCGCGGGCACUGCUCGAACUCCGACUGGGCAGGGAGGUGCGGCCGAGGAUUCACAUCCCGGGGUUGCGGAGGUGUCUGGAAGGGCUUCAGCUGCCCGCAGUCGGCGGCGAUGCGUCCGACGUGCUGUCCCUGAUGCAGUCCCUGUCGCCGGUGGCGCUUGUCCUCGACGGCGGGCCCGACACCGAACGCGGCGACGACGUGCCCGAGGACGCUGCCCUGUUCGACCUCGUCAUCAACGGCUGCAAGAAGUGUGGCAGAAGACUGGAAGAGCUCGAGGCGAAACUGGACGACAAGGUUUCGGCGAACUUGCGAGAAACGACAUACGCCAAGGAGAACGAGGAGCUGCGCAAGUGCGACUGGCUGGGCGCGCCGCUCGAGAAGCUCCAGGCGGGUGCGCCUGGAUGGAGAGGCGUUGGUGCAGUUGUCCGCAAGCACCAGUUCAAGGGCGGCGUGCAACGCUACCUCCGCCCCGCCUCGGCGCUGCCCACGCCCGCCCUCGGAGACCCCGGGAUACCGGACUGGUCGCACUUCCGCAGGGACGGGGUGCCGCGGUGCAUGCUCUUCUCACCUAUGCAGGCGGGUGGAGGAGAAGUUGACCUGGUUGGGAACCGCAGCCGGUUCGGGAGCAUGGUUUUGGCGGAGGUGCCGGACAAAAACCUGAGGGUGACCGGAGAGGAGGUCUUCGUGUUGCGUGGUCAACUUGAGUGCACGGGACUGCUUGAUCCGGUCGAGGAGCUCUGGGGUUCCAAGACUGCCCUCCCGACCAAGCUGGAGAAGGCCAUCAAGGCGUCCGGAUCUCUCGCCCUCACGGGCGGUGAUCCUGGACUCACCUCUGCACUGGGCGAGCUCAAGGUCGUCUUGGUCGGCGCUGGCGCGGUCACGGGCGGGAUGCAGGGAGGCGCCCGGGCGGGGAUCCACGACGUGCGGUGCCACGUGGUCAGAAAAGCGAGCCGGGGCCGUGACCCAGGCGAGGCGUUGGACCACCGCGUGGGCAUCGAGUUGCGGGGGCUGUGUCCGGGGGUGCGGGACCGCGUCGGGCUCGGCCAGAAGGCGGACUCCGUCGCCGGCGGCAUGUGCGCCGUGCGGCGCCUCACCGACAACGAGGUGCGCGUCCUCCGCGCCGCGAUGAACCCGGAGCAGCUUCUCGAUCUCGACCGCGUGGAGGACGGCGACGGGCGCAAGCCGGAUGCGGACAAGGUCCUGGGGCCCUUCUUCCUGGUGUCAGACGACCCUCUAUGCGCGGCGGCAGCCUGGUUCGAGCGCGGGCAGCCGGGAGGACCUACCCUCCCGAAGUGCGUGGAUGGCGCAUACACCGCCUUCAAGGAAGAGCAAGCUCUCCCAGCGCCAGCCACCGGAGGUGGUUCUCCUCAUCAGCCGUCGCCCCCCACGGCGGGCCCGGCACCCGGGACCGCGGCCGCACACCCGCCCCCAGCACCGCCAGCGUCGUCGGGCCAAGCCUCUCCAACGGCGACGGAGUCGAGCCCGCGGGACGGAGCCCCCCCCCGCACUGCUGCUGCCACCCCACCCACGGCCCCGCAGCAACCACCCCCGACCGGCCGUCAGCAGCGCGCUGCACUGCGCGCUGCCCAAGAAGCCCGACCGCCCGCCGCAGUCUCGCCCACACCCUCGCCCCGGCUACUGUCCUAUGCCUCGGCGGUGACUGAGGAUAGGGAGGCCUUCGAGUGGGCCGCGUACAAGAGACUCGCGGACUUCUACAAGCUUUUGGGAAUCGGGCCGUGA